AGACGUCAUUAGACCAAUCCUGGGACUGGAGAUCAUAAUAAAUUGGGUUUAAGAGUCUGAACAGUAAAAUCGCAGUGUCCAGAUCCCAUCAAAACAAACCACCAUUCUCAACAUCUCUCCUUUUCUCUCUCUGUUGGUGUGCGUUCGAAAUGGAAUCAUCAUCAGCAGCAGCAGCACCAUUAGAAGGAGGUGGAGGAGGUAAUACGCUAUCAGAAAUAUACCAGAAUGCGAAGAAGCUACAAUUGAGAACUCGAGACGCGCUGGAGCGACUGGAGCGUUUGGAGUACUCGAGCGGUGGCAAUUUGGAGUCACAAACCCCAGAACUGUCUGCAUCCAUCAAAAGAGACCUCACCCAAAUCCAAUCCCUCUGCGUCGAGAUGGACCGCCUCUGCCGCUCUCUCCCCUCCAAGUCCCACCGCGAUCUCUGGAAACGAAAAGUGGAACAAGUAACAGAAGAGGCUGAAUCUUUGAAACAAAGUUUGGAUAAGUAUUUCUUAAGGAAUCAGAAAAGAACAAUGGAAGCCAAAGAAAGGGCAGAAUUGCUUGGAAGAGCUAAUGGAGAGUCUCAUAUUUUGAGAAUAUUUGAUGAGGAAGCGCAAGCCAGGCAGUCAGUUCGUAGUUCUGCUAGGAUGUUGGAAGAAGCAAGUUUAACGGGAGAGGCCAUCCUGUCUGCAAUGUCAGGGUCAAGGGAACGUCUUAAGAAUGCACAGCGGAAAGCACUGGAUGUCCUUAAUACAGUGGGGCUCUCGAAUUCUGUAUUGAGGCUGAUUGAGAGGCGGCACCGUGUUGAUAAUUGGAUCAAAUAUGCAGGCAUGAUUUUGACACUCGUCAUUGUGUUCAUCAUUUGGAGGUGGACACGAUGAUCUACUCUUUUGGCUGGUAUAGUUUAUGUGAGAUGUGUUCCCUCUAGAUGCCUUUUAAUUUUUUGUUUUUACUUUUUCCCCCUUCGGAGUGGAAGAUAUUAAUUGUUUCCGCAGUGUUGUAUUGGAAAGGUAAUGAGGUUGUACAAAGGCCAAUUAUGAGAACACACUUAUAUAAAAUUGAUUUACAAAUGGGUCAGUGCUCUCUUCAGAGCCUCCACAGAAAACACAAACCGUUAUUCAUUUCCA